AGUCAUUACGAAAAGCGAGCAAUGCAGCAACUGCGGCAUUGUGCGAUCCGUGGUUUGGCCAGAAGUCGAUUUAACUCGACGAAAGCUCAUGGAGAUCUAUACGAUGUGGUUGUCAUUGGUGGCGGACAUGCGGGCACAGAGGCUUGUGCAGCUGCAGCUCGAAUGGGCGCCCGGACAUUGCUGCUAACCCAUAAACUGGAGACCAUUGGUGAGAUGUCAUGUAAUCCGUCGUUUGGUGGAAUUGGUAAGGGACAUCUCAUGCGCGAAGUGGACGCUCUGGACGGUGUUUGUGCCCGUUGUUGUGACGUCUCGGGAGUGCACUACAAAGUGUUGAAUAAACGACGCGGUCCAGCGGUGUGGGGACCUAGAGCACAGAUUGACCGUCAGCUGUACAAGCGGGCGGUGCAGCGGGAGUUAUUCGACACCGCUAAUCUGGAGAUACGGGCGGCGGGCGUAGACAACCUGUUGAUUGAGAAGGAUGAGGCCACUCAGGGCGGUGCACGCUGUGGCGGAGUCCUCUUGGAGAAUGGAGAGCUGGUUCGCAGUCGCACGGUGGUGCUUACCACGGGCACGUUUCUGCGCGCACACAUUAACAUUGGGCUGGAGGUGAGACCAGCGGGUCGUAUCGGAGACGCACCUGCCAAAGCUCUGGGCGAGGCACUGAACACACUGGGCUUCCGGAUGGGACGCCUGAAGACUGGCACUCCGCCACGGAUUGCCAGAAACAGCGUGGACUUUGCUCGGCUACAAAAGCACGACGGUGACGAUCCGCCCACGCCGUUCUCCUUCCUGAAUCGCGAAGUAUGGCUGCCAGCGGCGGAGCAGAUGCCAUGUUAUCUGACGUACACGACACCUCGGGUCAAUGAUAUUGUUCGGGACAAUCUGCACGUGAAUCGCCACGUGACAGAGGAGGUGACGGGGCCACGCUAUUGCCCUUCGAUUGAAUCAAAGGUGCUGCGAUUCGGCGCCAAGGUUCACCAGGUUUGGCUUGAGCCGGAAGGAUUCGAUAGCCCGCUUUGUUAUCCACAGGGCAUCUCGUGCACUCUGCCCCACGCCCAGCAAGUGGAACUGGUGCGGGCGAUCGCUGGUCUGGAGCGAGCUGAGGUUGUGCAACCCGGCUAUGGUGUGGAGUACGACUUCAUAGAUCCCCGCGAGCUCUAUCCCACGCUGGAAACGAAACGUGUGACGGGCCUAUUCUUUGCCGGACAGCUCAAUGGAACUACCGGCUACGAGGAGGCUGCAGCUCAGGGAAUUAUCGCAGGUGCCAAUGCGGCGGGCAGGACUCUGCACCCAGAUGGACGCCAACUAAAUAUAAGUCGCACUGAGGGAUACAUUGGAGUGCUAAUCGACGACCUGACUUCAUUAGGCACAAAUGAACCUUAUCGCAUGUUCACCAGUCGAGCCGAGUUCCGUCUGUCGCUGCGGCCGGAUAACGCCGACAUGCGUCUUACUCAAAAAGGCUAUGACUUCGGGCUGGUCAGUGAGCAGCGCUACCAGCACUUCCAGCGGACGGAGCACAAACUCAAGGCCGGCAUUGAGGCGCUCAAAGGACAGCAGAAGCACAGCAACUUCUGGCGCCAAGCACUAAACCUGCCCCAAUCCAAAGCAUCUAUUCAGAAGUCUGCUUUCGAUAUGCUCGGAGUGCCGGCGGACAACAUUACAGUAGAUCAUCUGAUAGACCUAUGCCCUGACGAGCUGGACUGGCUGCGUGACGAUGGCGACAUAGCGGCCAGGCUCAAAAUAGAGGCUCUUUAUGCCUUCUUCGUUGACGAGCAGCAGCGGGAUGUGGAGGAUGUGCGACGGGAGGAGCGACUUUGCAUACCAGCCGACAUCGAUUACUUUUCCAAGUCCUUGAGCUUGUCCAACGAGGAGCGCCAAAAGCUUGCCUUAAUACAGCCACAAACGAUUGCCGCUGCCAGUCGCAUUCAGGGCGUGACGCCUUCAACGAUCCUGCGGAUAUUAAAGCACGUCAAGAAGUCUGAAGCGAUUCAGGCAUAGUUCAGACAUUAGAAACUAUGGUUCCUGUAUAUUCGUUUAGCUUAGAUUUGUAAAUAUGUAUGUUUGUAAAGAAAUAGAUCGAAUAUAUGUUUAUGGAACUUUGUACAAAUGCAAAAUGUCUAAUCAAAAUUGAAUUUUUAAUAAGCAAAAUUUCCCACUGAAUCUUGGCAAGAUCAAGAUUCAGUUCAAACGCUUAUCCAAGUCGUGAAAUGCAACAAUAAUACAAAUAGUCAUUUAAAUCUCUUACGUACAGUUUAUUCAAUAAAAUCAUAAAUGCCUUAAAAGUAA